GCAUCGGCGAGGACUAAAAAAAGACCCCUCAGUCAAUCUGUUGACGGACAUGGUGGAGUGUGAAGCAUGGCUGGGGAGAGCGAAAAGAAACCCGUAUUAGAAAUGGUCCAGGCGGAUGGGGCCGACGAAGGCUGCGUGACAUUUGUGCUUCACGAUGAAGACCAUACACUAGGAAACUCCCUGAGAUACAUGAUCAUGAAGAAUGUGGAUGUGGAGUUUUGUGGCUACACCAUCACCCAUCCAUCAGAGAGCAAGAUCAACUUCCGCAUUCAGACCCGAGGUGGUAUCCCGGCCACGGAGCCGCUGCGGAGGGGCCUGAACGAGCUCAACGAUGUCUGUCAGCAUGUUCUAAACACAUUCCAGGCAAGUGUCAAUGACUUCAAAGAGAAAGAGGAGCAGCCCAUGGAAUGACGGCAUCUCGCAUGUAGGACUGCGGAGCUUCUCGCAAAUGAAGUGUAAACGUUAUUUCCUCUUUUAUACUGACUGGAGAGAGACUUGAAUUGAAAAUCCUCCUGAAAAUAGUUUGGUUAUGUCACAUUCAAACAUUUGUACAUUUUUUUUUUGUGUGUAUUCUGUUUAAACUGAUUUAUGAUGUAUACUAAAUGCGUGUCAGGCUUGUGUUUAUAUUUUCGGUUUUGUUGGAAGGAAGGGUUACAGCCACAAAUGAGAAAUAUUAAAUUAGGUCAACAAAGAAUUUCAUUUUCUACUUUUUUUAAGAGGGAUCUCAUGAUCUCCCGAUUUAAAACACCCCCAGUCGCCCCCACCUGUGCUCUUUAAGCCACGUUUGACCAGCGGGGCGAGAAAUGGAAGCUGAAAUGUCAUUAGCAGAGGAAUGUGGUCUGGAAGGGACUUCACACGUAAGGAAGGACGGAGGGAAAAUGAGGACAGAGCAGUGUGAACGUUGAAGUUAUUGGAGGUGAAUAUCAUCCCUCCGUCGGUCCGGCGGAUGUGGACAUCGACACCCCUUAAGGUUCACAAAUGAACACAUUUAAUCCUGUAGCUUGUCUCCAUAUUAACAGCAUUGAGCAAUUCAACUAGGACUCAACAAUGACCUGAUUAGAAUUCAGUGGUGGUCUAAACAACCCUCCAAACAUCUGGACUGUUAAAGAUGUAAAAUGCAACCUGACCACAUGUUGGAGCCACUGCAGAAAAUAGUUCUUAUGUCUUCCUUCCAUUUGUCUUAAUGACUGAUCGUAUCCAUCUUCUUGUCUCGUGGCCGGAGAUCAUUGUGUAUAGUGUGAGGAGAAUGCUUUUCUUAAUAAUCUUCUGUUUUUUAGAAGACUCAGUUCAACAAUACAGCUCUGACUAGAUGUGGUGAAAAUUUCUAUUUAACUUUCUGAAAAACAGCCACAGUUGCUACAAAUCGUUGGCUUAGAACGUCCGAGGAAGUAACCAUUAAGUGCGCUGAAAUAAAAAUAUGUAUUCCUACUUAAUUUAAACUUCAAUUACCAUGUUUCCGCACAUUUUUCUUUUCUUUUUUAAAUAACAGGUUUAACAUUUAAACGUGGUCGUCGUGCACAGAAGGGAAAAUUCCCAAAACCGCGUCAAACGUUUCGACGCUGGGACCGAAACACUGCCGUGAAUGUCUGAUUCGCUGAGCAAACAGUGUUGCUGCCAUGCUUGAUGUGGUUUUGUCACUUUGAGGACGUUCCGAAUUUUCCUCGCGGGUGGAAGUUUUAUUAAGAACACAUUGAGAUGACAUUUUAAAAAAAGUGUUUGGCUCAGUUGUUACAAUGGGAACGGCCCUAAGCUGGAAGCUUAUGAGUAAGCCUUUGUGUGCCUGCCCUUAUUUUCAAAUAUCCAUUGUCAAAUUUACAGAUAAACAUUUGUUGCUUUAAUGUGGAUUUAUGUGUGUUUGACAGUGGGCCUGUUUAUGCAGCAGCGUAAUCGUUUGCCUUCAGCUUGCUCAGUCGUGCGUGAGUCAAUAAAAGCCUAGGCAAAUA